UUUUCCCAGCAUUCAACGCGGCAAGGUCAGACUCAAAAUGGCCGAAGAAGGUAAAACAAAUGAAAUCGCGAAAACGAUAAAUCCGAGAAACACGAGCCCUUCUCCUUUACCUAGAAGCGGGCAUAGAUGCGUUGCCGAUGAUCGAAAUGUCUACGUAUUCGGUGGAUACUCACCACAUUACAGCGAAAAGCUCUUUCGUGAAUUAUGGCGCUUCAACAUCGCCUCACAGUGCUGGAGUAGAGUAAUAACCACAGGCCCUUUUCCGAGCUCUGUUUGCUCGAGCUGCGUUCUUCUAAACAAAGGGAACUUGAUCGUAUAUGGAGGUUCAGGGAUACCUUUUGGUCAGAGCAAUAGCGCGCAACUUCAUAUUUGUCUUUUGAGCAAGAAAGAGUGGAUAGAAUUGGAAACAACGAGUACGAAAAUUAAAAAUAGGAGACAGGAAGGAUCAGACCAAGAAGACAGCGAAGAUGAUGACUCAGACAUCGAUGACGAGUUAGCGGGCUAUUUAUACGACAAAAAACCUUCCCUUCCCAUCCCUGGAUACGGCCAGAGUAUGGUUUUAUCCCCAGACCAAGAUCUAUACGUGUUUGCAGGCACGACAGGUCAUAUGUUUAAUUGCUACCUUUCUAAAUUCUCCUUCAAAACAAAGGAAUGGAAGUAUGUCUCAACUCAGAAUGAGAGCGUCCCCUUCCCCAGGUACAGACACGAGGCUGUUGAUUACAAGGGGAGUUUUUACGUCAUUGGUGGAGGGAUGGGGAGCACUGAUCCACAAGAGUUUUAUAACUUAGAUAAGGUUCACGCGUUUUGUUACCAAACUAAUAAAUGGCAAGUGUAUGAAUGUUUAGUGUCUCAAGAGCAUGGAAUUCCACCACGUCGCCGUUGCCAUGGAUGCGUGCUGUAUAAAGAUGCUGUGUAUAUUUGUGGAGGUUAUGACGGACAGACUAUCUAUAACGAUGUCUGGAGUCUAGAUCUUGUUAGGUUUCAGUGGACUAAGUUACCUAAGAUCCUCCCAUAUCCUGUGUACUUCCACUCUGCAGCCAUCACUCCAGGGGGUUGCAUGUACAUAUUUGGUGGUGUCAAGUCUAUGCAGGCAGAUACCGACGCCCGCUCCAGUGACAUUCACAAGCUGUGGCUAACUGUACCUUCGCUGCUGGACUUGUCAGUACAGUGUCUCAUGUCCCAUGUGCCAGAUGUUGAGCAUGUGUCGCCGGAGAAGUUUGCGGAGCUAGGAAUACCACCCCAUUUGAUUGCAUAAAAAUAUUUUAGAAUAGCAAGGAUUGAAAAUGAUUUGACUUUUAAUUAAUAUACAGUAGCUUGCUUAGUUCCAGUAAAAGUUUAAAGUGAGUACAGGGUGUUCCAAGAAUAUGAUUCAUGAAAGGACUAAAAAAAGGUCCAAUAUGCUUGUCAAUAAAAUAAUUUUAACGCUAAGAAAAAGCAAAAGAUAAUGUGGUCAACAGCAAUCUUAAAGAUAAGUGAAAAGGCAUACUUAAGAAAAAUAAAACCCUAGAUUUUGAUUUUCUAGAAUUAUUUGUACCUACUGAGGGUGAGUACGCAGCUCUUACAAGUCGCAAUUUGAUUGGGCAAAUAAACAAUAUCCGCACCUCGACACAAAGAACGAGAAUAGAGACAAAAUAACUCCUUUGUAGAACAAAGAUAAUAGGAGACAAUGCAGCUGCGUACUUACUCCCUACUGAUGGUCUCUUGUUGAAUCAAUUUCUGGUUACAAAAUGAUGCUCUUGACCAGUCCUUUACCUCGACUUAAAAUUGAUCUGAUAAUUGAUUUUUUUUUUUUUAAUUCUGUACCUCCUGAGUCACCUGAGUAUCGCUAGUAGUAUACCCCCACCACCACCACUCUGGCGUCGGAAGUGAUGUCACGAAUAGCAGAGGGGAUUAAAUUGCAUUUGGGAUUGUAAUGCAUGAUAACACUCAUAAAGAGAUUGAUGUUGAAAUGUAAGACUUUGCCUAGGAUUGCGUGAGGGUGUUAGAUCGCGAGAGAUGUUCUGUCUGUUGUCACGUUAGAAAUGUAUUCGAUUCUCAAUAAAAAGAGAAACAUGUA